AUGAAGGAGUGGGUGGGGGAAGGAAAGUUCGGGAAAAUAGGGCUUAUUGAACGAGAUGAUGUUGUAGAAGGUGAGACAUUGAAGCUUGCUGCUAAAGUGACUUGGAAGAAGAAGAAUCCCGAUGGUAAAUUGAGGUCCGACGAGAAGAAGAAUGAAAAUGCCAAAAAGUUCGCAAUUAAAGAAGCAAGGAUUUUAGCACAAAUAAGAUGCUACGGAGCGUUCGAAAACGAUGAUUCAUGGAUCAUUGUACUCGAGUAUGCUGGAGGAAAUACUCUCCUUCACCGACUGAACCAUGUUCAACGUGUCUCAGAAGAAAGCAUGGCACAUUAUUCAAGGUGCUAUUUAUUGAGUGUGAUCCCUGGAGACCAUCCUUACAAUUCAUUUGGAUCGAAGGCAGAUAUUUGCAGCGGUCGCAUUUCUUCAUUCAAAGGAAGUCGGGGUAAUUCACAGAGACUUAAAUGUGGGACACCGCCAUAUAUGGCUCCUGAAAUGACCACCAAGGCUAAAGCUGAGACGUAUACAGAAAAAGUGGAUCUUUGGUCGCUUGGGGUGCUUGUAUUUGAGAUGGUUACCGCAAUGAGCGUAUAUAGCAAUGUUCAUGCGCAGGAGAUUGCCAAAGGUACACCUGUUAAGUUCAAUGAGUACAAUGUCGCCAGUAUCAUCACCGAUACACACGUCGAAAAGCAUGUAUUGCCUUAUUGUCGAUAUAGAAUAGAUGACGACGGAAAAGAAAUUUUGCAGCACUGCUUAAAAGUUAAUCCUUACCAGAGAAAGUCUGCAGAAGAGCUUCAAAGUAUGGCAGAAAAGGUCUGA